AUGCCUGGGCCACUCCCUCUACCGGUCCUUGACUGUCGUUGCGGUGACAAAAUCAUACAGCGUCCAUUACACAAACAAGGCGUUUUCACCAACGCCAGUGACCUCACUCAUGAGGCCUACCAGUGUCUUGCCAUUACGGCCACCAGCUGUGUGCCGCCGAAGCUCAUAGUCCGUGACUGGUCGCGUAUACUUGGAAUGCUGGGGGUUCUGGGUUACGACAUGACUCUACCAGAGAGUGUUUUGCAUGCGGACUGCGAGUGUGUCGAUUACCUUCUCGACUUUAUCGGAGGCCCGCUAUGUUCCGCGCUCUCUCUGUACGGCGUCACCUUAUGCCACAGUGCAGGUCGCGCACUCUGCCGCCACUGCCUUUCUACUGGCCACUUUAUGCUAUUCGCCGCGUACCUCCUUGCGGAUGUGGGCAGAUCUCAGUGGGCCACUGCCCUCACGCUCAUCCGUGUGACUGAGUGCUUGGGUUGCGCGACCUAUGAUGCGCUCCGAAGCAGUGAUGGUCAAGCCUGUGAGUGUGCCAGCAAUGCUUGGAAAUGGUGCCGGGGCCAGAUCUGCGCUGCUCGCGCGAGUGCCGUCGUGCAGUGUGCACGCACCCUUGCCGGCUUAUAUGACCCUUACGGGCCUCGCUAUUUGGCGAACAUUGUUGGCGAAUUCAGGCCUGACAAAGUUGCUGAUACCGCACACCACUCUGGCGCACGAACAAUUUUCGAGCUUACCAUCGUGGCUUACACUCCAUACUCGGAACUGCCCGCCGCCCUGGGCAUGAACGACUGGGCUGUGGGCCUUGAACGCGGUUUCGGCAUGCGCGACAACCGCAGAGUAGCUCUGCCGCCAUCACUGUCCACGGAAAUCGUCCAGGCCACUGAAGCAAUUCGCGGUAACGCCGGCGCGCGCGCUGGUGUUGAGCCAUCCGCAUACUUGCCCUACAUUAGGCGCCGCUUAAUCGACGGUUUCUGGGUUGCUACAGCCGCUGCCGCGUUCCCCGCCUCCGCUCCCUCUUCGCCCUUGAGCCUCGCCGCGGUGAUGACCGCCGAACUGCCUGAUGUCGUGCUAAGGAGCGUGGGGACGUUUGAUAAGUACGCGGCGGCACGGGCUAGGCUCGAGGACCGGCGUUUCGAUGCCUCGUCUUUCGCCGAAAAUGUGACUUGGGCUGGCAUCUCUGCGCUCGAUGCCCCCUGGCUCACCCAGCUGUGUCGGACCUGCUUCGUCAGCAUUAUGUCCACCGACCAUUUGGGUAGGCCGCGCGUCCCUAGUCUCCCUGAGCUGGUUGGCACAGCUGCCGAUGGCGCUAGCGCGUACAGCAACUCCUGGGUUCAGUUACUCUUCCUAGACGAUGGCGACGAUGCCAAGCAACUGUUGCGCUACACGGAGAUGGGCCAUAAGCAGGGUUAUAUUCCUCCCGAGACAGACGCCAGCUACUGCGAAGGGGUCAGCGUGGAUGUUGCUGUAGUGGACGGUGACCCAGCCGACCCUGCCACUGCAGCGCAUAGGUACGGCCUCGGCUUGACCAUAGCCCUUGCGUCGGCGUCCUACGGAGUCAAGAGAGUUGCGACACCGUGUGUUGAGGUAGCCGCUUUCUACCGUGCCGUGCUGUGGUCGCGAUGGUACGGUUGCGGUGGUCGUGACGCUCAUGUCGUCUCUGCAGGGUGGUCAUACAGGCGCCGUCCUGAUCCGGGGCAGCAGCUUCCGCAAAGCGCAGCCCCAACCUUCCCCCCGCUUAUUGGACAAGGCUUGCGACUGGUAGCCCAGCGGUUGAUAACCACCCACCUGGUCGCCUGGGGCAAUCGGCUCCCUUCAUCUCACUAG